AUGAAACGAAAAGUACUCUUCUAUCUCUAUCUUACAGAAGUCUACUUAAAACUUCUCGUCCCGGAUACCGUAAGGAUAAUGCGUACAACUUCAACCAUCUUGAAAGUUGAGAAAUCAGAGUUGGGCUUUUUAUCAUGGACGCAUGAUGGAAAGGAUGUGUACGGCAAGGAACCUGGUUUAAAUUUUUUAAAUCCAAGUAAAACCCAACUACAAAUUUCUAAUGCCCGAGCGGAGCAUGGGGGUAAAUACGAGGUUGCACUCAGAGAAGGCGAAUGCAAGUUGCAGAAAGAAAUUAAUCUGGAUAUAAUAGGUUUGUGAGUUAGUACGCUCAGUUGAGAUCGGGUAAUUUAGUAUUAUCAACUGAGUUGAUAUAGUAAAUUGGCCACCGAAAAGAGUUUUAAAGCCGAUUUUUGGAGCGUUAGCCCUUUGUCAGAGCGGGUAGAGGAAUAAACGAACUGUGUGUGUUUAUAUGCAGAAAUGGAGCUACGCUAAUUGUAGUUCGAACGCGGCGAAGGAAGAUAAGUUUAAUUCAGUUCUCAGUGAGGGCUUAAAUUUUGUUCUCUUUUCCAAAAAGCCUAACAAAAUUUCAGUUAAGUAAGGCGUUGAAAAGUUCCGCGGCGAAGGAAGAUCAGUUCUUAGUAAGGGCUUAAAUUUUGUUCCCAUUUCCGAAAAACCCGACGAAUUUGCAUUUAAGCAAGAUGUUGAAAAUAUCCUUCGCCGCAUUCAGUUAAAUGCCUUUUUUACGAUAAGGAAGACGAUUUUAACACCUCGAACAAAGAUACUUUUCAAAACACUUCAGUCGAAAUGGACUCCCCCAAAGGGUCAAUUCGCAUCUUAAGAUUUUUUAAUCAAAAAAAUGUUAUCACGAUAUUAACAAACUUAAAUUCAAUCGAAACGCCAAAUUUUCCAGCCUUUCUUCGGAAGAAUGGUUGGCACUAAAAAGUCUAAAAGAACGCAAAGACACAGUUAUCAAAGCGGCCGAAAAGGAGGCGCAGUCGUUGUUAGGGAGGCCGAACUCUACCAAGAAGAGGCUUUGCGGUAACUUUCUGACACCUCUUGUUAUGAAAAAGUUGACAAAGGUCUCACUUUCAUCAACUAAAACAUCGUCAAAAACACGAUAAACGACCAAUUUUCAGUCAGUACAACGGCUCAAAACCUGAACUCUACGGUCGCUUCAUUAACCACUGCAUCGGAGCUACCUCCUCUACCAGAGAGGAGCUCACUCAAUUUAUAAGCGCUGUCAAUUUCUCUCCUCCGGCUCUGAAUUAUACCUGGGAAGUUUCCGACACUUCUUCGGUUUUUCUAGACAUCAAAAUUUUAAUUGAAGGUAACGGUCUAUGCACUACUACAAACCUACAAAUUCACAUAGUUACUUGUUGUAUUCAUCUUCGCAUCCAUUACAUAUCAAGAACUCUAUACUUUUUUUUACAGUUUCUCAGUCUUCGUCGUUUACGUAGUUUAGGUUACAUAAAAAAAGAUUCAGAAACUGGCACUGUCUUUUCGCAACCUCCAUAAUUUCAUUUAAACGCGUAAAAAACAAAUAGGCAGCUUUCUGGUCAAAAGUUGAUUUCAAACCAAUGACUAACCUGGAACUGUCAAAUGCACUCGCUCACGGUGCAAAACUUUUCCAUUCAUUCAUAACGUUGAGAAAAGGUUGGGACCCAAGAGAUCCAUCAAGGUCACUGAUCACUUCACGAGCACCUCUGCCGAUGUCAUCUAUUGCAUAACUUGCACUUAUUUAAAAAAGUUAUACAUUGGUGAAACAGGAAGACUUUUAGAUGACCAAUUCCGAGAACACCUUCGCGACGCAGAAAGAUAUGACAUGGACGCAUCCAAAUCAGUCGCUAGACUCUAAAUCUCCCUUAUUAUUCUAAGCAGCAUAUGACAAUUCGCGGCCUUUCCCUGCAUCUAGGUAGUUCAGAAAGUCGCAAAUCUUUAAACCAAAAACUUUAUCUUUCAAAUCAGCACUCCUAAUGCCUCCGGUAUCAACGAGAGCUUUUCAUUCAACUAAUUAAUUUUUGUUUUCCCGUCACCAUAUUUACACCAAUAGCGUAACCCCCUUUUUUGCAUAAUAACACACAUACAACCCACAAUUUCUCCAUUCGCUCUGACGAAGAGCUUACGCUCGAAACGCUAGCUUUGAAAUUCUUUACUUUGACAAAUUCACGUUAUCAACUUAGUCGAUAUUACCCUGUUAUACUCUCCUACCGACGCAGCACCACAGUAUCUUUAGAAACUUACCCCCUUUACUCAGUUGAGAUAGCUUGUUCUGGCUAUUCAAGUAAGUAACACGGAUGAUAACACUUACUAAAUUGCGCUUAAGAAUAGCCAGCAUAUAACAGUCGUAAUUGCUUUCCAGUAUUAUGGAGGCAUAAUGCUACAAACUUCUCCUCUAAAACCAAUGAUAUAACUGCAAUCAGAAUAUAUAUAUCUUAUUAGACAUUUUGGUGUGUAGUAUCGCUGAGUAUUUUUACGAGUUGUACCGUAUUUUGACGAGCACCUUUAGGCCUAUCAAAAUACAAACAACGAGUAAAAAAACUAAGCAAUAUUUCACACUAAAAGGUCUAAUAAGUUAUUUAUUAUCCAACCCCUCUUUUGGUGCCAAGUGUCAUUUCUUGUAAGGCGGGAAAUGCUAUGAGGAUAAAGAAGCGUAGCGGGCGCAGCCGACCGGUUAGACCGGUUUAUGUUUUCCCGGUUAAUUGUUGUCUUACGGAACGAACAGCUUUCUUAUUUCUUGGCUCAUAGGCGAGUUUUCUUUUUCUGCAUUUUGAUCAUGAAUAUGGGCAUCUCUCAAAUAAGUGGGACUGUCUUAGCUGUCACAAGGUUUAAAAUGAGGCCAUAAUUACCACUCUCUUUAAAAAUUUAUCUCUAAAAUUGGCAUUCCACCCUUUGUAGACCAGCCCCAUUGCAAAAAUCAGCUAGGUGCAUCGAAAUCCUACAAAUAUGCAAUGAUAGUGAUUCAGUCGAUGAAAGCAAAGUGUGUCAUCUUUUUCAGCGUUGAAAGGCGAAGUUCACGGUGACAUAGCUGUGAAAUCAUACCUCACACUCAUCAAUGUUGUUUUAACACUGCAGGAAACUUUAAACUUUCAUCGUUGAAUUCUGUUGACGACGUCUGUGUUGGUGGAAACGCUUCUUUCAAGAUCGAUUUAACGGGUGAUUUAUAUCGCCUUAAAUACUACUGGGGACAACAACACUCAUACUUGCCGAAAAAUGAACAUUUUGAGGAGAAGGCGGACGGGAAAAUUCUGAAUAUAAUCAACGCUUCAGCUAAUCAUUCUGGAGUAUAUACUUUUUAUGUUAUUACAGAAAUGUGGAAUUUGGUUCAGUCCAUUUCGUUUGAGUUGAAAGUUCGUGGUAAGAUCAUUGCUACUUGCAAACAUAAUAUAGUCUCUUAGGAAACAUCAUACAGACCUUUGCGACAGUUUUAUUCUUUUCAAUUCUGUACAUGGAAUCCUCUCUUCUUCCUUCCUUCCUUUCAUCCAUCCAUUUAUUCAUUCCUCCAUCUGAAUGUCUAAUCCAUCUGCAGCCGGUAUGUCCAUCCAUCCGUUUGCCCAUCCAUCCACCCGCCCCUCCCAUCCUUUUUUUUCGCCUCCCUUCUUAAUUUUUCCUCAUUUCCUAACUUUGUUUCCUUUUCCUGCUCUAUAUUUCAUUUCAUUAAAAGCAAUAAAGCUAGGCAUCUCAUUAACAUCAUAAUUCAUAUGCUGAUAUUUGUUACACCUCAGAUCAGCGUUGGUAAUGUGUUUCAUUGAUAAGAACGUAUCAUAAAUCGUGUUUAUGGUAAGCAGAAAUGGCAAGUUUUCUGGCUUCCGAAUCAAUUUUGCAGAUCUCUACCUAAACACUUCGGUCAAAAGUCCGGUUAUCGUACAGGUUGGUGAUAACACUAUCUUGAAAGUAGAGAAAUCAGAUUUGGGCACCUUAGAUUGGAAGCACAAUGGAAACCUAUUGUCUGGUGGCGGACCUCACCACACCUUUUUGACUCCCAGAAAAACCGAGUUGGAAAUUUCUAAUGCAGGCCCGGAGCAGGCAGGAGUUUAUGAGGUUUUCCUCAAAGAGGGCAGAUGUGUGAAACGUAAAGAAAUUCGAGUCCAGACAGGUCUGUAUUGUUUGGUCAUUUUUUUCAAGCUUCCAGAAGUUGUGAUAGGUCAAAAUAAAGUAAAUAUAAAGUUUAGAAUAGCCAGCGACUGUUUUUUCUUAUGCUGAUUAUACAUUCAUACCACAGGGGAAAUCAAAAUUUGGUCGACGAACUCUCAUUUAGACAUCUGUGUUGGUGAAAAAGCUUCCUUUGCAGUAGAAGUUAACAGCAAUUUUCAUGGCUAUGAUUUCCACGUUAUUUGGAGUCAUAACAUGGUUCCUGAAGUACACGAAAACGAGCAUUUUUCUCUGCGGAUGAAUAAUACGGCGCUGUAUGUCCACAAUGCUUUACCUUCUCACUCUGGAAACUACACCGCCUUUGCAGUUUUAAUGCAGAAUGGGUCACCUGUCGACUCUGUAUACUCCUUUACUUCUGUUUUUUUAAGAGUUGGUGGUAAGAAAAUUUACUUAUGAAUUGAAAACGUCCUUACCCUUUUCCGUACACAAAUAUUUACCCAUCUGUCCUCUUCCUUCAUUUCUUUCUCCUCUUCUCCGUAUUAUUUUCUCUCUCAUCUUAGUUAUUCCCCUCUCAUUUAUUUUUAUCUUCUUUCUACUUUCUAUCUUCUUUUUUUUGUUCAAAUGUUUAAGUUUACUAAAUUAUGUUUGUAUGACCUCAACGGAUGCAAAUGAUUGUCACUCGAUUUUCGAGAUAAUUUAAUCAUUUGGAUUUAGUUUGCCAUAGAUGGUUUAUUGUGGCGCGUUUUAUUGUCAAAAUAAUCCAACAAUCAUACUUUUAAAAGGAAAGACAAUUUAAUCAUCCCGAUUCUGCUAUUCUGCAGAUGUAUCCCUGAAUACCUCGGUUGAGAAUCCUAUUAAAAUAAAGGCUGGGGAUUCUGCUAUGUUGAAAGUUGAGAAAUCAGAUCUGGGCGCCUUAUUUUGGACGCAUGGUGAAGAAUUGGUGAACGAUAAGGACCCUCACUACACCUUUUUAAACGCUGAUAAAACCGAGCUGGAAAUAGUUACAGCAAGCCCGGAGCAAGCGGGAAUCUACGAAAUUUUACUCAAAGAGGGCGGAUGCGAGAUAAGAAAAAUCAUUGAAGUGCAGCUAUACGGAGAAGGUUUGUCCCUUUCUGUUGUUGUUGUUGUUGUUGUUGUUCUUGUUGUUGCUUUCGUUUUAGUUUCAGACAAAGGCGAAAGUUUGAUACUCGACAUCACCAGCUUUAUCGCUGAAGCAUUCGGUGUUUCAAAGAUAAAUUUCAAAAUAUAGAAGGAUCCAAGGGUCUCUGCCCAUACCUCGUUCUUAUCUGUUACAUAUUGCGGUAGAUGUGUGUGCUUCAGUCCUGUGCACUUCUGAUAUGUUCAAAGGAAAGAGGGAGGAAGACCAUUCACUCCUGUUUUUUGUUUUUUUUUUUGCUGUCUUUCUUACGGAUGUCUUUCCCAGUGUAACUAUCAGGUGCGCUCGAUGCCUCCUUAGUUCUUAACUUAAAUUCAGCAGAUGAUUACCAUAGUAACGAUUUAAAAGUUAAGGUCUUCGAACGAACGACACUGUAGUGAAAAGUCAUUGUGUAUUUCAGAGGAUUCAGAGUUUUGGGCGAUCACGAACAUUUUUCUGGUUUACAUCGAAAUCUUCCUAGGAUUUUUCUUCCGCGAGUGGUACAUUAUACCUGUUGCUGGAGUAGGAUUGGUUCUUUUAAUCUUUGUGUUGGUCAAAAGCUUUGGUAGGCUGAGAAAGAAGGAAAAAAGGUAAACAAAAAAGCAUAUUAUCACAGUAGUAAAUACUAUCUCGGAUUACAAUUGGAGGGAAGACAAAGAAACAAAAAUUAGGUUAUAUCUGAAGCCCAUAUGUAAGAAAGAAGUACAUGUAAAGGACAUUUAACCUUUUCGCAAACAUAUCUGGUUAAAAACCACUUUCAUUUCUAGAUGGAUUUUUAAUGAUAAUUUUUAUCGCCUGGCUAUUUUGAGUGUAAAUCUCCAGUUUUAAAUUUAAUCUUAGCCUUGGGAACAUGUAAUAUAAAUUUUAUUAUGACACAGCUUAUGGAACAAUUUUCAAUUAAAUGUUACCGCUGACUUUAUCGAUUUUGCCUCACCUGACUACAGGAACGUACAUCGGAUGAACCUGUUACACAAGGAGUCAGUAUCUAAACUCUAAGCUGCUAUGAAAUACUUUCUUCCUUCUUCUAGUUACAUAUUUUUGUGGUGAAGUUGCAUUGAAUUUGUUGGUUACAUCUUUUUUUGCCACAUUUUAAAUGACAGACAUCAGGAAGUUGAAGAAGAACCACCCAGGAAGCAUCUUGUAUUACAGAAACCAAUUUACUCAAUCCAAAAUGACCUCAUCUACACAUCCGCUAACCAAGCAUAUCCAUCGUACGCGGACGACUUAUCCAUCAACAAUACGUACGCGAACAUGAACAGUCGUGUCCCGUCGUCCGCUUUGAGUCUGUACGGGCACGGACCCAAUUACAGUGGUAUUACACCAGCUCAAGAUUCGCUUACCGGGCCAACCGUCCCACCUCCAACCCAAGAAUUUUUAGAGACCGAGACGUCCACCGAAGGGAGCGACUCCUAUAGUGACCUAUAG